AUGUUUUCGUGAGUGACAAUUGUUGAUUACAAGAAUGGGAGUUUACUGUGUUACUUAAACUUAUCAAACUACAUAUUUAAAAGUAAUUAUUAUAAAAUAAAACACUGUGCAAUAAAAUGGAUCAUUCACCACCUAUAAAACCACCCAGGGGUGUAAAAACAUCCAAAGAAACCAGUUCAGUAUUGAUGUCGUUCAUCGACACGCUUUACAAAAGCGAUUCGAUUGAAGAACGCGACCGUGAAAAGAGUAAACUUGAGGCUGAAUACAAAAUCAGUGAUAAAAAACUGAAUGAAUUGGUGUUGAAACACGAAGGUGACUUGACACAAGUUGUGCAGUUGUUUGGAGGCUUAUCAGAGCAGGUCACUCAAGCACAGGCAAGAAUCCGGAAGGUGAAGGAGAAUUUAAAGGCUUGCAAAAGUUUAUUACACUGCAAGAAGGAUGAUUUGAAGAAAUUAUGGCUUGAGGGUUUGGAAUAUAAACAUAUGAUACAAUUAUUAGAAGAAAUUGAAAAAAUGACAGAAGUACCCAAAACAUUGAAUGUACAUUUGAAUCAAAAGCAAUAUCUGCAUGCAACUGAACUUCUUGUGGAAGCAGUGGGUUUAGGAAAAGGAUCAUUGGUUGGUGUGGAUGCUAUCAAGGAGUUAAGUCAAGAAUUAGAGCAAAAGAAAGAACAGUUGCAUCUUAAGUUAAUGCAUGAAUUGAAGCAGCACUUGUAUGUCAGACCAAGUCAACAAGUUUUGACCAUCAGAAGGCAGGGGAGUAAUCGAGAAGGAUUUAUGAAUUCACCAUUGCAGAGAAGUUUAGAGAUGAGAUUAUCUGCAAGACAAAAAAGUAAUGUGCGAAAGAAUUUAAUGGAAACAAAAUUUUCACGGACAGAUAAUGAAUUUGAAGUCUCCGAGGAUUUGAACACAUCUGAUCCUGAAUCAGACAGUGUACAUUUUACUUCUGUAUUAGUUAAAAGCCUCGCGUUACUGGAGAAAAUCCCUUUUGCUUUGCAAGAAAUCCGGCAAGAAAUGCACAAUGAAUUAACGCAAAUUAUUCAACGCACAUCCUAUCAUAUUAUGGACGUUGCACAAUUGCAACAAAGCGCGGAGGUUACCAAGCAAACCAGACAAUUAUCACUGGUUGAUUUGGUGCAGACACUUUUCGAGCAGUUUAAACAAAUUGGACAGGCACAUUCGACGGUUUUGUCGCAUUUUACAAAAGCCUGUCGCGCGCACAAAGUCGACGUUAAUCUGUAUGACAUCAAAGUGUUUUGGCAUCAAGUACAGGUUGUUCUGCAACAAUUGUUGAAUGAUUAUCUAGAUGUGCAGAACAUUAACAGCGAAACGCAGAUGUUGAAUGAUAGUUUUACCAAUCCGAAUGACAUUUCGGCGUAUUUUUCAAGACGUAAACAACAAGGAAAGAAAAAAGCUAUGUUUAAAUUUGAUGGAUCUUCAAGCGCUUUAAUUAAAAAUGAUUACAAGGAAACAAGUGAAGCAUCAAAGCGUAGAGAUAAAAUUUUAAUCUGCCCACCGGAUCAUAACAAUAUAAUGUAUAUUUUUAUCCCGUUUAUGUGCUUUGUUGAAGAUAUCGAGCACAUUUUGGAAAUGCAACAAGGUGCCCAAUGCGGCUUACACAAGUUCUUAUCUGAUUAUGUAAAGGAUAAGUUUUUAACGCGUAGACAUAUUGACACUUUACAACGAAUUGAAUCGUCUGUUCGAGCAUCGGACGCAUGGAAAUCGACGGUUUUGUUGGAUGCAACUACAGAUUAUAAACCAUUGUUGAUUAGUGCUGUUAAUGUUGAGAAGUUUAUCCGCGAUUGGCGGAAAGUUCUCGCCGCGUUGCCUUGCGGCGAAGAUAUUGUAAAAUAUGCUUGUAAUGCGCUAAAAGAUUAUCGCGAGACAUGUAAUGCUGCUUAUUGCGGUAUUGUUCAACCGCAUUCAGAAGAUAGACGGAUUUUAAGUGCCACAUGGCUUAAAGACGAUGAUAUUAGUCGAUUUUUGAAGUCGUUGCCAAAUUGGCAGAAUUUGAAAACAAUGCAAGAAUUCCAAGCGCGUAAUGCACGCAGACGUACAGUACGCCGCGAGCAUACUUUAGAAGAAGAAUCCCCUGAAGAAGUGCGCCAGAGAAAUCGACGCGAGGCGGAAAUGUUGGCUAGUAAUUUAAGCGAAGAUGGCGUCAGCGCCAGUGAGAUACUUUCUGACAUGGCGCUUUUGAAAGAACUCGCGCAACUUCAAGAAAGUAUGGAAUGGUUUUCGGUGCAAAUGUUACAAUUUGCUAGUGAAUUCCGUCAAGAUCCGACACUUUCACCGGCAGGUGGCACUGGAGAUGCCACGACAGCCCCAAUUUCUUCAACAACUUUACAACAAUUAACAAGUGUAGCACAAGAUUUUGAUGAAUUGGCCAACACUUGUUUGUUGCUACUACAUUUAGAAGUGCGUGUGCAGUGCUUCCAUUAUUUGUUAGCACCGAGCGAAUACAACAAGGAAACACACGAGCCUGAUCCGAAAGUGUUGGAGUUAAGUCGUGUGCUUGCAAAUGUUGAUGAAGCGAUGACUUCGAGUCUACAUCCACGCAAAUGCAAAUAUAUUUUUGAAGGUUUGGGGCACUUGAUAGCGAAAAUCUUGAUCAGUUCAUCGCAAUACAUGCAGAUUAUUGAUGAGGCGGGUAUUCAACGGAUGUGUCGCAAUGUUUUCGCCUUGCAGCAAACCCUAACUAAUAUUACAAUGACAAGGGAAGUUGCUUUGGAUCAUGCGAGGCAUUAUUUUGAGUUAUUCUUCCUUACACCCGAGGAAAUUCUCAACGGAAUCAUGGAAAAAGGCCCAGAAUUUUCCGAGUUGGAAUAUAUGAACGCCUUUCAAUUAUUGCAUCGUAGUCAAAAAGGGCAAUCCGCUUACGCGGUCACAGCUCACUUGGAACGCCUUUCUGAUAUUCUCGGCGAAGUGGGUGUCACGGUCUAGAAGGUAAAGUGCUUCAAAUAAUUAAAAAUUAGAAAUCGUACAUGUAUAUCAAGUUUAAAGUAUAGAAAACGAUAUUUAUUGUUUUAUAACAAAGAAAAAAGUUUAAAUUUA